UCUGCAAACCCUUCUGGCCUCAACUGGAUGAACAAGUAGGCCUAAAGUGAAGAAACCAAGGGAUGUAAUGAGAUAUGAGUUAAGAAAGGAAACAACACUUGCAGAUUGAUUUUCUUGAUCAGAGAAUGGAGGAACAGGGUGAGGAAUGGAGAGUGGUUGAGAAAUCUCCAUCCCAAGGAAGCAAAGUGAGGUUUAUCUUCGAGAAGGGAUGGUGGCUGGGGAAGAAGAUUGCAAUCACUGGUGUGGCACUCUCAUCUGCUCCUUUUGUUAUUCCUCCCCUUGUUGUUUUCUCCAUACUGGGUGUUGUCUUUGCAGUGCCUUUCGGGUUUGUUUUUGCUACCUAUGCUUGUACUGAGAAGAUCAUGAGUAAGUUAUUUCCCAUGCCUGCUUAUUUUUCUCCUUCAUUGUUGGGAUGUAUGACAUACUAUGAGGAUGAAGAGUGUGACUACGUAGAGGGGGGGAUAUAUAGGGAGGAUGAGGAAGAUGAAGAAUAUCUGGAGGGCACACUGGAUGAUGAAGCACAAAUUGCUGCAGAAGAGAUUGGAGGCCAGCAGCAGGGAGGUCUUGGAUGGGGCAAGGAAAAACCCAUAAAAGGAGGUGAUAAAAGUCUGGGUGAUUUUCAAGAAAAGGAGAAAGCAAUGCUAGAUAAGGAGCAAACCAUGAAAGAAAGGGGAGGUGAGGGAACUAUGGAUAAUCUUGAGGAAAAGGAGACACUCUUGAGGACGUCAAUGGUUAUAGAACAAAAUAGAGAUGGAAUAAAUGAGAAUAAUGCCUCAGAGGCAGAGGAGAAACUAGUAAAAGAGAUCAAAGUUGCAAGAAUGGGAGAGAGGAAAGAUGAUAGGGAAGUGGAAGUCAUUGAACAAGAGGUGAAACAGAUAACAGAGACAAAGGGAGUGGUAGUAGGUAGAGAUGUGGACAUAGUGGAUAUUUCUAUUUCUGUAGAAGAGGUGAAACAGACACAACAUAGCCAAAAUCUUGACAAGAUUGGAAAUGAGGGGAGACCAACAGGAGUGGUAAUGGAUGAGUCUAGAGGGAAAACAGCUGAAAAGAGAGAUAAGAAACACGCAAACAAAAGGGACAAACUAGUUGGAGAGUUUUUUAAGGGGAGAAGAGCAGAAAAGAGAGUUGAGGAAAAUGUAUAUAACAACAAAGAGCUUCAAGAGAUGGAAAAAAUGGCCAAAGUAAGCAGGGUUGAGGAAGAUGCACUUAAUAUUGCAGUAGUGGGCAAACCAACGAAAGAUAUGAAGGUGUCAAUGCUGGAAGAGAGCACAGAGGAAGUUUUGAAUAAUGUUGAAGAAGGUGGGAAGUCAAAGAGAAAGAGCUAUGUGGAAAAUAUGAAAGAGAUUUCUGAUAAAAAUGGGUUUUAUAUGGUUGAUGAAAAAAAUGCUUUCCAAGAGAAGUCCAAUAUUGGAGAUAAAAUACUCGAGACAUUGGCAAAUCCUGUAUCGUCGGACACAGCAGAGUUCAAUGCUGCCAAAGGAGCUUCUCGAAAGGAGACUAUAAUUCCUUCCAAUGAGGUCCUCGGUGAGGAGAAGAUAUGGGAGCAGAUUGAUGCGAUGAGGACAAUAGUGGGUUAUAAAGCCACUCCACAUGCGACCUGCUUGGAGGAACUCAAGGCUCUCUAUCUCUUCACUGGAGUUGAGCCACCAGCCUCAUUUAAGGAAUCCUCUGAUCUCAUAGAAGUAAAUUAUAAACUCCGGUUUCUAAUGUCUAAAGUAGGAGUCAAGUAGGUUUGUUGAUUCCUUUCAUGUGCUGGUUUGGUAAAAUAAAUUUUCCUUGUUCAUCUAUGGAACAGCUUAGUCCUUCAACUUAAGGUGUUAUAUUUGGACAUGUUGGUGAGUUUUAUAUGGUAUAUUAUAAUCUAGAAAUGGUAAUGAGUUUUAUUUA